AUGCAUUUUUUGGUGAAGAAGCCUGGAUGGCUUGUUUUUGAUCCUAAUGAGUAUGGAGAUGAAGAGGUCCGAACAUUCCAGGUUAGACACAAGGAAUCCUGUUCUAACACAAAGCUUGUGAAGUUUGAGGAUGGGUCUUGGUACUUGAAGAAUGGAAGUCAGAUGUUUUCUUUAAAGCCUGUGGCCUCGAAGAGAGAAGUUGGAGUGGGGGCCAAAGACGGAAAUGUUGUAUACAUCCGUGAGAUUCUAGACAAGAAAUGGUUUAUCAAGAUGGACAAGUCUUCGGAAAGAUAG